AUGAUAUGGUGGUUUCUAAUUUCAAUUAAUUUUUUGUUUUUUCUUUUAAAAAGCUUUUUUACACCAAAAGAUUUAACAAAUUUGAAUGAGAUUUAUAAUAGUCAAGCUAACUCAUCAUCAGAAAAAUAUAUAUUAGGAGAAGAUUAUAAUUUGAUAAAUUUAAAAUUAAAAGUUGAUUUUGGAUCAUUAGAUACAGGAACAAAAAUAAUAGAAUAUAGUAAGGGUAUUAUUAAUAUAAAAUCUAUUCAGCAAUUUGAUUAUGAUAGUUAUAUGUUAACACCUUGUAAAUCAGACAUAUGGUGGGUAUAUUCAUUUAGUGAUAUUAUUCAUAUAGAAAAAAUUGGUUUAGUUUCAUUAGAACAUUAUGCAUCUAAUUUUAAAGUAAUUGAAAUAUUAGGUAGUGAUAUUUAUCCAACUAGAAAAUGGAAAAAACUAGGAAAAAUUUCAACUAAUUUUACUAAAAGUUUCGAGCUUUUUAACAUUCUUGAAUAUUGUAAAAAUUAUGAAGAUAACUGUUGGGUCAAAUAUUUAAAGAUUAAUGUUUUAUCUCAUCAUAAUAUAGAAAAUAAUUAUUACUGUACAUUAACACAUCUUCAAAUAUUUGCUUCAUCAGGUGUUGAUAUGCUUAGUGAUAAAAUUUAUUCUGAUGAAAAAAUAAAUGAAAAUGAGAAAGAAUUGCAAGAUAAAUAUGUUAGUGAAAAAAAUGAAGAAACACACGAUAAGGAAAAAUUUCAAGCUUUAGAAAAGGAUUAUGUAAAAAAAGAAUUAAAAGGAAAAGAAUUAGGAAAAAAAGAAUUAGAAGAAAUAAAAAAAAAAAAUCAUAAAGAAGAAUAUUCUCCUGAUAAUUUUUUCAAAAAUAUUGGAGAAGAUAAAGAAAAAGGUGAAAAAGAAAAUAAAGAUGAUAAAGAAUAUAUAGAAGAAAGUGAUAAAGAAGGUGCAGAAGAUGAUACAAUUAUAAAUGAAAAAGAAAUAAAUAAACAUAGCAAAAAUAAUGAAAUGAAAAACAAUAUAAGUGAAUCUGAGAAUAUUAAUAAUAUGAAAAAUAUUAAUAAUAAUGUUUCAUUUACAAAAUUAAAUAAUGAAAAUAGCAUAGUAAAGUAUGAAGAUAAAUUAUAUAAUUCGUAUUUUUUUUUGAAUAAUACUAUGAAUAGAAAAUACAAAACUUUCAAAACAUUAAAUAAGUUAAGAUUAUCUAAUAUUUUUAAGAAUUCUAUAUUUAGAAGGCAUAAAAAUAUAAUUAAUAAAUUCUUCUAUUAUAAUAUAUUAUUCAAAAAAAAAUAUAUUUUUAAAUAUAAUGGUAAUAAUUUAGUCAAUAUUAUGAAAAAUAAUUAUCCAUACAAAAAUAAUAAAAAGUUCAUUAAAAAAAAUACUUCAUAUGAAAAAAAAAUGAUUACAAAAAAAUAUAGUUCAUUUAGAAAAAAGUUAUUUUCAUCACUUCAUUUAAUUUUAAAAAUAUUCAUUAAUUCAAAUAAUUAUUUUUCUAGUAGAAGUAAAAUGCCUGAAAAAAAAAACAAAUCAUAUAUAGUGAAUAAUGAUCAUAGUUCACUUAAAAAAGUUAAUAUUCCUUUAAUCAGAAGUAUUUUUAUUAAUAGGAUUCUAUGCAAUAAUAAUAUUAGUUGCUCAUAUAAUGAAGUAAAAAAAUUUAAAAAAUUCAUUAAGCACGAAUACAGUUCUAGAAAAUCCAAUAUUAUAAAUUAUUUUCCAUCGUAUACUAAAAAAAGAUUAAGAAAAAUUACUAGAGUAAAAAAAAAUAAAGAAUGUAAUAUAUUUAAAAAUAUCUUUUUAUUAAGGGAAAUAAAUAAAAUAAAUAAAGAAUGGAUAUCUGAUUAUUAUGAUAAAAUUAAUAUAAAAUAUAACAAAAAAUUUUACACUCAUAAAAAAGAUAUUAUGCAUAAUAUUUCAGACAAAAGAUUUAAAAAUAAAAAAAUUAUUAGAAAUAAAAUAGAUAUAUAUUACUUAAAUCCUUCUAAAAAUUAUAUAAUUUGGUAUAUAAUUUCAAUUUUAAAAAAGAAUAAUACUUAUAAUUCUAAAUUAAUAAAAUAUUGCAUUGAUUUAAUUUUAUCUAGGAAAACAAAUGGUAAAGCUAUAAGUAUCAUUUACUCUUUUAAAAAAAAAAAACUAGUAAACUAUUUAUAUAAAAAGAUUAAAUGUUACAAUAUUUUAAAUUAUUAUGAGGUUGUAAAAAAAAAGAGAAUGAUUGCAAGUAAAGAACAUAUUUUCAAUAAAAAAUACAAAACAGGAAAAAGACAUAGUUUAAUGGGAGAUAAUCAUAUCAUAAAUAAUCGUUAUAAUAAUAAAGAUAUAAAGAAUACUAAGAAAUGUAAUAAAAAAUAUGAUCAAAAUAUAGAUAUUUUUAUUUAUAAAAAACCAGAUAUAAGCUAUUUAAUUUUAUUUUUUCAUAAGAUAAUAGAAAAAGGUUUAUUGUUUAAUUAUCAUGUAAAUUCUUUAACUCAUAACAAAAAUAGAUUUGAAAAUAAUAGGAAAUUUUUUUAUUCCAUGUGGGAUAAUUUAUUUGAUAAAGAAAAAUUGUCAAAAGUUAUUAAAUUAAAUGAAGAUCAUGUUUUAGAUUUAUUAAGAAAUUAUAUUGAAGUACAAUGUAAAAUGAAUCAUUUUUUUAAUAAUGCAAAAGGUAGGUAUACUCUUAGUAAAAAAAAAUAUAUUCUUUCACAUUUUUUUUAUAGAAUAAAUAAAAAAAAACUUAGUUCUAAUUUCAGUUAUUUUAAAAUAUGUGAGAAAAAAUCAAAAAAUGUAAUAUACCUUUGUGUAAGAUAUUAUAUUAAUAGUGUUUAUAAAAGAGUGAUUAUAAAUCAUAUAAAAUUCUUAAAAAAACAAAAUAUAUUGCAAACAGAAGACAAGAAUAUUAUAGAGAAUUUCAAUAAUAAGAAAAAAAUAAAAAAAUUAUCAACCAAAUUAAAUAUAGAGAAAAAAAAUAAUGUUAACUCCAUUAUAUCUUUAAUCUUCAGAAAAAAAUAUUUAGAGAAAAGCAAAAAUUUACAAGAUAUUUGUUUAACAACAGAUGAUAUGAAUAAUAUUAUUUAUUCAGAUAAAGAUUUAAAAGAGUAUUCAGAUGAAAAUAGUAUUAAAAAUAUUGAAAAAGAAAAAUUAAAAAAUUUAGUAAAUAUAGAUUACCAGGAUAAUAAUGAAAAUAGUAUAAAAAUUCUAAAUGAAAUAAAAAAAAAUGAAGAAAUAAAUAAUAAACUUAUUAAUGACAUUUAUGACAUAAUUAAUGAAUACGAUAUAAAUGAUAAUGACAUAGAAAAUUAUUCAGUUAAAUUAAAAACAGGAAAAAAUAUUUCUUUAAUAGUUAAUAAGGAAGAUAAAAAAGAGAAUAUAGGGAAUAAAAAAAAUAAAGAAGAAAAAUUGAAUUACUUUGAAGAAUUUGAUCAAAUUAUUGAUGAAAACAUAAAUUUUAAUGAGUUAAAUUGUGUGGGAGAAGAAAAAAUAGAAGAAAAAGCUAAAAAUAGUAGAGGACAUGCUUUAUUAACAUUAGUAGACAAAGUAAAAACAAUUGAAAAUAAAAAUAAUUAUGUUGUUUCAAAAUUAAAAGACAUAAUAAAAAUAACUAAUAAUAAAACUAAAAUAAUUUAUCAAAUGUUAUUAAAUUUCAAAAUAUUACAAAAUAAAAUUAAUCUAUUACUAAAAUACAUUAUGAUAAAUGAAAAAAAUAUGAAAGAUUUAAAUAGAAAUAGAAAAAGUAUGGAAAAUUUUUUUAAAGUAAUGAAGGAGAUAUGUAUAUUACAAAUUAAUGAUAAAAGUAAUAAUAUGAAUUCCUUGAAGCACAUCUGCAAAUAUUUACAAGAUUUUUUGUAUGAUGAAUUGGAGAAAAAAUAUUAUUUUGAGAAAAUUAGAGGUACUUUUCCCUUUUGUAAUAGCACAGAAAACAUAUUACUACGCAACAAAGAUGUAUUUGAUAAAAAAAAUCCAAAUUUUAUAUUAAAAGAAAAAAAAAGAAACUCAUUCAAUUUUUUUUAUUAUGAAAAUCAUUGCCAUACAGAUAUUUUUAAGACUCCUCUUUUAUAUUACAAUUCUCCUGUAGAUAGUAUUCAAGGUUUUUAUUUUAGAAUAUUUAAAUUUUUUAAAACAUUGAAUUUUUUAAAAUUUUUAUUAUUAAGAAUUAAAUAUUGCAGAAAUUUGUUUUUCAGAUAUAUAAAAAAUGAAAAUAAUUUUUAUGUGUUAUUUAUCUACAUCUUUUUAAUUAUAUUUAUAAUAAAUAAUUUUUUAUGUUAUAUUUUUUACAAACAUUUAUCUAAUAAAUUAAAUGCUUGUAUCAAUAAUUGUAAUUGUCAUAAUAAAUAA